UUUUCAUGACACGCGCGAUAGCAGGGUAGCGUACGAUAUUCGUCCACGCAGGCGCACGUCUGGCUGUAGUCCAAACAAUAUCUCUGUCGGUAGUAGUAACAGAUAAUAUUAGUAGAAUUCGUAUCAUCAUUACCGGAUACACGAUCAACGCUCGCUUAGUGUGGAACAAGUGGCAGUACGAUACCGUCGUCACUGCUCGUCACUGAUCGUCACUACUCGUCACGGUGCAUUAUUCGUCGUGCUACUCACGACAAGAUGUGCUACUACAUCACGGUGCGCAAUGUGCCUUUUCGGACGAAUGGUGCCCGUGUUUAAAACAGAGAUUAUGACGUGGCGCGGUUUAACCGAGCCCACGGAAGAGGACAGACGUAGGUACGGAUGAAGCACAAGAAGGGUAACCUGGACGAGGAGGAGGAGGAAGAAGACGAAGAAGGAGGAGAGGAAGAAGAAGACGAGGUGGACGACGAACGGAAAGAGUACAAGGGAAACGAAAGAGGAGGUUCGCGUGGAAAAGCAGAGAAAGCUGUACGCUUAGCCGACGAAUCAGCGUGAUCGUCGGCUAGUACAUUUGAUGCUAAGUGAAAAGAGGUUCGAAGACGACUCAACACUGGCGGACGGGGAACGUAAUGGGAGCGCCGUGGUCACGGGCCCGGUGCUAUCAUCGUCGUCGUCGUGCACGGUGCCCUACAUCGGCACCGACCAGGGUUUCGUGUUCGAGGGUGGCGGCACGACGACGUUGCAGCGGGCUGGUGCAGCCGGUGCAUCGGUCACUAGCUGCACCGGUAGCGGAGGAGGAACCCUUGGAGUGGGUAUCGUACCAGGAAGUGGAGUAAACAUAGUAGGCUCAGGGGUUAAUAUGGGCGGAGGAGUGACGGGAGGAGGGGUUGCCGUUGUCGGAGGAGGAAAGAGUGGUGUACGGUACCCUCCAUUCUCAUCGUCCAUAGGACCGACCAGUUCCGUGGCGCCGGUGAACCUGCCGCCGCCAUCUCUACCGCCACCUCCGCCACCGCCGCUGCCGCCGCCGCCGCCACCGCCGCCGCCCCUGCCGCUGCAGAUGCAGCAGCAGCGUGCCUACUCGAGGUCGAUGACGUCCCUACCGCCUGAGCCGUUUAUGAUCAUGAGGUCGAAGGCCCUUAACCGACGGGUCUCGAUCAACGUCGGUGGCGUUAAGCACGAGGUAUUAUGGCGUACCCUUGAAAGGCUACCUCAUACGCGUCUAGGCCGAUUGAAGGACUGCAACACGCACGAGGCGAUCACCGAACUUUGCGAUGAUUAUUCCCUUAUCGACAAUGAGUACUUCUUCGAUCGGCAUCCAAAGUCUUUUAGUUCUAUAUUGAAUUUCUAUCGCACCGGCAAGCUACAUCUAGUCGACGAGAUGUGCGUACUGGCGUUCAGUGAUGAUCUCGAGUAUUGGGGUGUCGAUGAGCUUUACCUCGAAAGUUGUUGCCAACAUAAGUAUCAUCAAAGGAAGGAGCACGUGCACGAGGAGAUGCGGAAGGAAGCGGAGUCGCUCAGGCAGAGGGAAGAGGAAGAGUUCGGUGAAGGGAAGUGUGCCCAGUAUCAGAAGUGGCUAUGGGAUUUAUUGGAGAAACCGACUACGUCCAUUGCUGCAAGGGUGAUAGCUGUGAUAUCAAUACUCUUUAUUGUGCUUUCGACGAUCGCACUAACUCUCAACACCAUUCCUAGUAUGCAAGUGAAUGAGAAGGGGAACUUUCAAGACAAUCCGCAGCUCGCUAUGGUGGAGGCUGUUUGCAUCACAUGGUUUACCCUCGAGUACGUGCUUAGGUUCAGUGCCUCGCCGGACAAGUGGAAAUUCUUCAAGGGUGGUCUUAAUGUUAUCGACCUAUUGGCGAUACUGCCUUACUUCGUAUCUCUGUUCCUGGUCGAGACGAACAAGAACACGACCGACCAGUUCCAGGACGUGCGCAGGGUAGUGCAAAUCUUUCGUAUAAUGCGGAUCCUGAGGAUCCUGAAGCUGGCCCGCCACUCGACCGGGCUGCAGAGCCUUGGCUUCACCUUGCGUAACUCGUACAAGGAGCUGGGCCUGCUGAUGCUCUUCCUGGCGAUGGGUGUCCUCAUAUUCUCGAGUCUCGCCUACUUCGCUGAGAAGGAGGAGCCCGGGACCAAAUUCGUAAGCAUUCCAGAAACCUUUUGGUGGGCGGGCAUCACGAUGACCACCGUCGGAUACGGCGACAUCUACCCCACGACCCCGCUCGGCAAGGUGAUCGGCAGUGUGUGUUGUAUAUGUGGUGUCCUGGUAAUCGCGUUGCCCAUUCCCAUUAUCGUUAACAACUUCGCCGAGUUCUACAAGAACCAGAUGAGACGGGAGAAAGCCCUAAAGAGGCGGGAGGCUCUCGAGAGGGCUAAGAGGGAGGGCAGCAUCGUGUCCUUUCAUCACAUCAAUCUGAGGGACGCCUUCGCCAAAAGCAUGGAUCUCAUCGAUGUCAUCGUCGAUACUGGUCACAAUAUGUCCGGCGUAGAUGGUAACAGCACCGAGGGAGAGUCCGCGUGUGGACGCGGCCCUGCCCAGACCGGACCAGGCUGUUAUCGUAACUAUGAGCAUUACAGUUUCUUGCGACACCGUCGCAGCGCCUCAUCCUGCUUCCCAAAUUUGCCUAACGAUCUGCCGACCACACCGGACAGCCCGAACCGUCGUCUCUUGGACUUUGCUCAGAGCGUACCUGGAACACAAAACGACGAUUACUUUCACGACGACGUACCGGCCCAGCACGCGACUCAAGGCAAUACAACACCUAGCGAUGAAGAGAAAAAAGACAGCAGAAAAUUCGAGAAAAAUGAUGAAAUACCUAGCGAAUUCGAGUGUUGCUUUUGUACUACGAAGGAAUACAAAGAGUUCAGAGACGCGGAAAAUAUAAUGCCACUGGCGACCAGCGACUUUCGUAACCCCAUCUGCCAAGAGAUGAAGUCGAUGCGACCCGGCAUGUCGAUGGAACCAGCCGCGCACCAGCAGAUCUUCGCUGCGGAGACGAAGGCGCUACCGGCACAACCGGUGGAUGCCUCGAGCUAUGGGAAAACGUACAACGAGCAAGGAAGCGUAGACAGCUCCGAUACGUAUGCCAGCUGUCAAACGCAUCCGUCUCAUUCGCAGGGUGAUCUGACCGAAGAGGCUGACAGUAACCUUUAUGUGAACCCUCUGGAAGCCGCGGAGAAAUGUGGAAAUAGAGUAAAGAAGUCUGCUUCCGGUGAAGUUGGACAUAACGUCUCUGAUGUCUCACCGAGUGUCGAAUCAUUAAAAGACGCUCGUCCCUUUACCGAGGGUAGCAAGGUUAUCCUAAACGACACAGUGCCCAAGCAUAGAAAAAUUCGCAUUCAGCAGAGCGUAAGACCUCGCGCACAAUUUAUCAGCGACCAGGAAAGCAUUGUGGCUCGUAGUAUCACGAAAGAAGAGAUCACAGAGAAUAAUUACUAUGGAGGACUUCGAGGGGGCAAGCCAUUUACGACGACCAAUAGCAGUCUGGCCUCGGCUACAAGAAUUAUAAAUCACCAUUUGUUUGGCUCUGGCAUUGGACCCAGACAUUACACAGGUCAUCGAAGGCAAAUUUCAGGAACGAACACCGAGAGCAAGCUUUCCCUGUCCGCUGAUUCGAUAGACAGCGAGGGCGUGCCUUUCAUAGACAGGCACCGGGUCUCCAAGUCGAUUCUGAAGAAAUCUGAGAGCAGCAAUAAUUACUAUAGCAACACCGGUGAUUCGGAUACGGAAAAAUUAAUCACCGACAACGCAUCGACCAUAAACAUGUGCGAUAAUGAUACGAGUACGUGCGACGUGUUCACCAACGUAAACGGAACGAGGAGGAAACAACCUGUUUCCCCAUUGCUCUCCAGACAGGUUCUCGAGUCUAUCUUCCGCACGAACAAUAACGUCGAGAGGGAGAAUGAAGUGGAUCAAAGCGAAGAAAAGAACUGUGUUUCGAAGAUGAGCAGAUCGAUAUUCGACGAGGUCCUCGAAGAAGAGAAACACGCUCAAGACGAGGCAAUGACAGAGAACAAGAACAAAGAAGAACGAAAGAAAUCAAGAGCGAAGAUAGAAGAACCACUAAAGGACAGUCAGACAAUGUUGAUAUGUUCCCUACGAGCGCCAAAAGCCAAAAAAUUAAGCAUCGAGGAAAAGCGAAAAGCCAAGACGAGCAGUCACAGUUGCAAAGGCACCGAUACGAAUUGUCUUCCUCAAGAACAUCGUUUCUCGUCGUAGCGUAAUUCUCCUUUGUGUAGCAUGCUCCUUCUGUGUCGCGUAUACAUAUGUAUCAUAGAAACGAAAAUGAAUCACUCUGCGAUCAUACCGCGUCAGUGUUUCUCCUUUAGAAACGCUAUUAACUUCUAUAAUAAUGUUCGCAGGGCCGUACGCUCGCAUUUCAAAUGCGGCGAUAUCAUUGAUGUAUUAACUCGGCCUGUAGUGUAAAUACGUCUAGAAAAGCGCGUAAUAAUUUUAAGAGAGUGAUAUACGUUCGAUAAUAUUAAA